GUGGCAUUUCACCGUAAUUCAUUGAGAAACAUAGCAAGCAUUAUCGGCCGAUCGAUCGGAGCAUCCCUACAAACUAUACCUUUAAUGCAAACACAUGCAAACUGACAAACUGAAUAAUGGAUUUACAGUGAACAAUAAACAAUAAAUAAAAGUUCCUACAGUUUCUGUGUACAGGAGGCAGGGCUACUAUACAAAUGCAGGGUCAGAAAGUUUGUAAAAUGAUCCUAAGGCACUGAGAACAUCCUCUGUGCUGGGGUCCCACUAUGCUCUCUCUCUCUCUCUCUCUCUCUCUCUCUCUCUCUCUCUCUCUCUCUCUCUCUCUCUCACAGACACACACACUUACUCGCCCACACAUUCCUCUCAGUCACUGUGAGGGGCAGGCUCAGAUCAAGCUAGACCCCCAGAGCAAAGUCAUCGAGUCACUUGGUCACAUACACACCACAAAGAGAGAGAGAGAGAGAGAGAGAGAGAGAAAGAGAGAGAGAGGGAGAGAAAGAGAGAGAGAGAGAACGUCAGGGGAGGUCUGACAACAUGCUUUAAUCCACAUCUUCAUGGACCCUGUUGUGUGCUCUUCAUAACUGCACAGCUGUAUUUUACAUGCAUGUGGUCCCAGCGCGACCCGCAUGUGAAGUUUCUCAAGGCUUCAGUUUUUUCUCAGAAGACCAUCUAGUUAUUAAAUUCUUUACAGGACAGGAAGUAUUUGUGACUGACAACAUCAAUGAUGAGCUCCAGGCUUUCUCUUCCACAAGAGUCCGGUAUGGACGUAAUAACCUCAAGCCCCAGGGCAAUCAGAUAUCUCUGCACAUACUGAUUCCACCUGAUUUUGGAAUAAAGGAGCAGACAGCACCAAAGACGCCCCCCAAACGAACUUGAACCACAGCUUUGAUAUUGGCAACCUUACCCCCAGCUCCUGCCAUGCGGUGGGGUUGGAUUUUCUGCUGCUGCGCUUCUCUGGCAACAUUGCUGGUGCUGGCAGACUGCUCAGGGGGUGAGCAGAAAAGAGGAACUGAAGAAGGAACCCGGAGCUCCUCGGUCAAAGCGGGCAGCAACAGCAGCGGUCGGAAAUAUCAUCGGAUCCAACACGGACAGUGUAGUUAUACUUUUAUUCUCCCGGAGAAUGACGGAAGCGCCGGGACUUCUUGUCGAGAAUCUAGAACGGGUGCUCAGUACAAUGCCAACGCACUUCAACGGGACGCCCCUCCACCUGAAGCAGAAUUUCCCAGCCAGAAGAUCCAGCAGCUGGAACAUGUCAUGGAGAACUACACACAGUGGUUGCAAAAGAUUGAGAACUACAUCAAAGAGAGCAUGAAAACCGAGAUGGUCCAGUUACAGCAGAGUGCUGUUCAUAACCACACAGCGGCAAUGUUGGAGAUGGGCACCAGUCUUCUAUCCCAGACAGCAGAGCAGACGCGCAAGCUAACUGAUGUUGAGACGCAGGUUUUAAAUCAGACAUCACGGUUGGAAAUUCAACUACUGGAAAAUUCGUUGUCCACAAACAAGCUUGAGAAACAACUCAUGGUUCAAGUAAAUGAAAUCAACAAGAUCCAUGACAAAAAUGGGUUUCUUGAGCUGAAAAUGCAGGAGAUGGAGGACAGGCACAGAGAGGAGCUAGAGGAGCUGCGGGAGGAGAAGAGCAGUCUGCAGUCUCUGGUUAGCAAACAGAGUUCAGUGAUCCGUGAGCUGGAAGCUCAGCUGAGUCGAGCGACCGGUAACAGCACGGCCCUGCAGAGACAACAGCAAGACCUGAUGGACACCGUACGCAGCCUGCUCAGCCUCUGCGCCAAGGAUGGAGGAACAGCAUUGGUCCCGAACAGCACGAAACAAGCAGAUGAAGAACGGAAGUACCGGGACUGUGCAGAGCUCUACCAAGCUGGUUUUCUGAAAAAUGGAGUUUACACCAUCAAUAUAAGCCCACAAGAGACUAAAAAGGUGUACUGCAACAUGGAGUCCGCGGGGGGAGGCUGGACUGUGAUCCAAAGACGCGAGGACGGUAGCAUGGACUUCCAGAGGACAUGGAAAGAAUAUAAAAUGGGCUUUGGGAGUGUGUCAGCCGAACACUGGCUGGGAAAUGAGUUUGUGUACAUCUUGACCAAUCAGAGGCAGUAUGCGCUCCGUGUGGAGUUGACCGACUGGGACGGACAUCAAGCUUUCUCUCAGUACGACUCUUUCCACAUCGACAGUGAAAAAAACAAAUACAGAUUAUUCCUGAAGAGCCACAGCGGGACAGCGGGCAGGCAGAGCAGUCUGGUGAUCCACGGCGCUGACUUCAGCACUAAAGACAUGGACAAUGAUAACUGCACGUGCAAAUGUGCACUUAUGCUCAGUGGCGGAUGGUGGUACGAUGCCUGCGGCCCUUCCAACCUGAACGGGGUGUAUUACAGACAGGGACAGCACGUCGGAAAAUUCAACGGCAUCAAGUGGCACUACUUCAAAGGUCCCAGCUAUUCUCUCCGUGCCACCUCCAUGAUGAUCCGGCCGGUCGAGUUCUCAUAGUCCUCAGCAGUAAACCCAAAACACCCUUGCGCCCAUUUUGGAAACAAGACUUCCUGGCCCAUGACAGUAUCGUUUGACGCUGUGUAAUAAGUGGACAAAUAUUUGCCACCUGGAUAGCGGGAUUCUUUUGAGAUAACACCUCUCCAGGAAACAGCAACAGGGACACUACAGGAGUUGGUGCGCUGUGUGGAAAUCUCGGCCGGGAGCUGACUCGGCUGGUCUUUAUUUUUAAAUAUCAGAGGUAGGAAUUCAAGUGCCAUUCACUUGGCACCCAGGACUUGUGAACUGCUAAAGCAAGCAGGCACGUCACCUUUGAUGGUAGCAGACUUGGUCUACCAGUCUGUUGUGUGUGGACAGCUUGAAUGUCCCUUUAUAUCCUAAAGAGACCUAUAAAUUUUUAAUACAAACGUGUUGCACAGUUAUAUUUGAGUUGUGAUACUUCACAUUUUAUGCCUUUUUUUAUUCCAGCGUAUUAUUAAAAUUGUUAUUCCUGUCAACGUGAAGAAAACCAUAACAUGCACCAUUAGUAGGUCACUUACAAUACUAUUUACAAUGAACAUUUGUUGGGUGCCAGAAACAGACCUUCAGCGAAGAGUGCCGUCCUCCAGCAUCAUUUUAUUGAGUGCGAACCACCGUAUUAUUAUUGGCUUUGAACUGUAAUGACCUUUAAGUGCAUCAUAGCUUGGCAUCAACAUGGGAAUACGUGCCAAAGAUCACAGCUAUUAAAGACAAUACAAUGAAAAUAUUUGUAUUCGCAAGUGAUGGGGUUAAGCCAAUGACAUGUAUGGAAUGGCUGAUGUGGUAUAAUGCAAAUAACAACAGUCCAGUAUGUUUAAGUCAUUGGAUAAUUAAAACCUGAUUGUCGUAUUAAUGUUUUGCAUAUGUCAAUAUUGAACAGGUUACUUUUUUGUCUGACCGACAAGCUUGGAUUAUCUCAUUUUUUUAUUAUACUAAGUAUGCAGAAGUGCUUUUUAAUGAUGGAAGAUUGUUUUUAUUGGGAAAAAAUGCGUUUUAUGUAAGAUAAGUGCCUGAGCUUGUGUCUUAUCACUUUACAAUGUACAUACAUUAUGUUUCAACAGUGGUACAGUACUUGUUUGUUUUGCGGAAAAGGCAUUGUUUUGUGAUUGUGUUUUGAAUAGGAUAUUGGUGGAUAUUUUGAACCUGCCUUCUGCCAUGACAUUUUAUUACCAAAUCUCAUAAAUGUAUUCAAGAUUUCAUCAGAGGUUCUUCAGAAACACCCACACUGCUAGUCCUUCACAGAAGGGCUCUAUUUUACUGUACGACUACUGUCUGCCAACAUAUAACUACUACCAGCACGAAGCAUUUUACUGGAAACAGGCACUUCUAAUGUACAUCCAUAAAUUUUCUGGAGUUGCAGAAUGGCAUGUUUUCAAUUUCACUUUAAAUACUGUUGGUUAGCGUCUCCAAAUUUGUUUCUACCGGAAAUAUUUUUUAUUACAUUUAUCAACCUGUUUUGCAUCAAAAACCUUUCUAGUACAGACUGCCUACAACACCUUUUUGUACCUCAUUUAAAAAAAUGUUAUUUAAGCACCUCAUCCUUUGUAACAGUGUUCAGAAUGAUGUUAUUUCAAAUAAAGUAAAAACAACAUGA